AUGGACAACUCCACGCUCAGUAUCGCAGCAACUAUCUAUUCUUACUAUCGAGGUACAAUGGUGUACGAACUGUUCCAACGAGCCGCGGUGCUUCCAUACCUCAACGUCCAGGAGUUGCUCCUCAACAUGAACAAUGCCACGACCAAAGUGAUCGAACUUCUCCGUAGCGUCGCGGCUCCGUCGCGUGUCGCCAUCAUCAACGUCACGACUGAGGUGACCGAACUUUUCUGUAGCGUUGCGGGUCCCUUGCGUGUCCACAUCAACAACGUUACGGCCGACGUGAUCGAACUUCUCCGCAGCGUUGUGGUACCCUGGUUCGCGGAGCGUUUCGAGGCCAUGGAAACGAUGCUUUCCACUACCUCUCUGUCACCAGAAGCAGCGUCGGUCAUUGGACUUCUCCGCGUUGCUGUGGUGCUCUGGUUCGUGUAUGAGACAUACCGCCUUGCCGAGUGGCUGCUGAAUGAGAUCUCCGCCCUCGUAGGCAUCGGCUGCGGCUAUCUCGCACUACACAUCGACGCUGCAGGCGCCAUAGUUAGGUACGCAUGUGCCGAUACUGUCCUGGUAUUCGUGGCGCUACUCUCACCGCCGAACACGACGUUCGGAAACGCAACCCUUGCGGUCUACCUUCUCCUGGUCGCCACGUAUUACCACCAUCAUCAGGCAGCUAUCCUUUUCCGACCCCUGCGGUGGGCUAAUCACGCGGAUGAAUGGGUGAAUGCUCGUCAGGGUCCCACAUACAUAAAGAAGCUCUACACGAACGCCCUUCGAUUCAUGCGCUACCGCAUGCUCUGCCUGACUGGGUACAUUGUAUUCUUCUGCGUGCUGCCUGCAUGCACUGCGAUGUUGCUUGAGGCGAUGCCAGACACCGACGUUGUGGCUGCUUUGCUUCGACUCCCAAACGAUCCAAAUUGUCCAGUAGUCGUCGACGCGGUAAAUCGGCUGGCACUAGCGAACAAGACAGUUUCCUAUCUCAGGAGCGUCUUGGCUAGAUAG